GUUCUAACGUAUCUAUUUUUGCAUAGAAAAAUUUCCUCCACACAUAUAAGUGGUCCUACUAAUAUGUGGUUCUGUUUAUUAACACAAAAAAUAAUAAAUAAUUUUUGUAUUUAUUCAAUUUUUCCCAAGAUAAAUGUUAUAUAUCCAAAGUAACAAGUGUCCAAAUCCCAUUGGCCAACCUAUCAAGAAACAUUGACACAUAGACAAUGAAAAUCACACUAAAAAAAUCUCACAACCAAUGAGAUUAAAGAUAUUAAUCUCUUAAGAUAAGGACCCUUUAAUCUAUUAAUAUGUGACAAAAUUUAACCAAAGUUUCUCAACCAAACAUUUUAUCCUCACAUAUCCAACCCCCAAAAAAAUACAUUUGGUAAAAAAUCAAAAAAAAAAAACCAUGUCUUCUUCCACCAUGGCUCUUUCUUCCCCGGCUUUCGCCGGUAAGGCCGUCGAGCUGGCGCCCGCCGCCAACAAAAUGUCGAACGGCGGACGAGUCAACAUGAGGAAAGCUGCCUCAAAGCAAGUUUCCUCAGGAAGCCCAUGGUACGGCCCAGACAGAGUUAAGUAUUUGGGCCCAUUUUCAGGUGAGCCACCAAGUUACUUAACUGGUGAAUUUCCUGGUGACUAUGGUUGGGACACUGCUGGGCUUUCAGCUGACCCAGAAACUUUUGCCAAGAACCGUGAGCUUGAAGUGAUCCACAGUAGAUGGGCCAUGCUUGGAGCUUUGGGCUGUGUUUUCCCAGAGCUAUUGUCAAGAAAUGGUGUUAAGUUUGGUGAGGCUGUUUGGUUCAAGGCUGGCUCACAAAUCUUCAGUGAAGGUGGGCUUGACUAUUUGGGUAACCCAAGUUUGGUCCAUGCUCAGAGCAUCUUGGCUAUUUGGGCCACUCAAGUGAUCUUAAUGGGAGCUGUUGAGGGUUACCGUAUUGCUGGUGGGCCUCUUGGUGAGGUUACUGACCCAAUCUACCCAGGUGGUAGUUUUGACCCAUUGGGCCUUGCUGAUGACCCAGAAGCUUUUGCUGAGCUUAAAGUUAAGGAACUUAAGAAUGGUAGGUUGGCUAUGUUUUCCAUGUUUGGAUUCUUUGUUCAAGCCAUUGUUACUGGUAAAGGUCCUUUGGAAAACUUGGCUGAUCACCUUGCUGACCCAGUCAACAACAAUGCUUGGUCAUAUGCCACCAACUUUGUCCCUGGAAAGUAAAGAGUUUCUUUCUUUUUUUGGGGGGGUUUAAUAAAUGUGUUUUAGUCAUUGAUUCAAGAAAAAAGAAAAAAAAAAAACUUAAUGUGAAUUACUUGUAUGUUUAUUGUUGAUGUGACUAAAAUGAAAUUUCUCUUUCUUUUUUUCCAA